GGUGGCCGCCGCGGCGCCUGCGCCCUUCCCCGCCUGUGGGGCCGGGCUCAGCGGUGACCUCGAGAGGCGGUCGGGGAAGAUGGCGGCGGUGGCGGGGUUCACCCUGAAGGUGCGGCAGCUGAGCACAUCGGUGGCCAGGCCGGCCUCCAAGCUGGUGAAGCCCCCCAUCCAGGUGUACGGUCUGGAAGGGCGCUAUGCCACCGCGCUGUACUCCGCCGCCUCCAAGCAGAAGAACCUGGACCAGGUUGAGAAGGAGCUGAACCGGGUGUGGGCCCUCCUGAAAGACCCUAAGCUAGGCAGUGUUGUGAUGAACCCUCACACCAAGAGCUCUGUUAAACAAAAAGCUGUGAGCGAUGCCUUGGCAAAAGAGAAGAUGUCCCCUAUUACUGUCAACCUGAUGAACCUGCUUGCCGAAAAUGGUCGCUUGCGGCACACUCCAGACAUUGUUUCUGCGUUUGGGAAGAUCAUGAGCGCGUACCGAGGAGAGGUGCUGUGCACAGUCACCACUGCACAGCCCUUGGAUGAUGCCAGCCUUAGUGAGCUAAAAGGUGUUCUGGGUGGAUUCUUGUCUAAGGGAGAGAUCUUGAAGCUGGAGACCAAGACUGAUCCAGCAAUCCUUGGUGGCAUGAUUGUCAAUAUUGGGGAGAAGUACGUAGACAUGUCAACAAGGUCUAAGAUCCAGAAACUCACCAAAAUCAUGAAAGAGAGUGUCUAGCAAGCUGACCUUCUCAUUAACAGUGAAACCUGUGAGCCGGAAACAAUAAAAUUUAUUUCUUCUUGA